AUGGCCCGCACAAGAGCAGCAAACACUACCACGACCACCAAGCCGUCUCUCAUGUCGCGUCUGAAGGGCAACAAUCACACCACCACCACCACCACGACAAAGCACUCGACCAACCCCAUCACGGGAAGUCACACGACUACCACUACCAAGAAGGAGGUUGGCAACACUCAUCCUACUGGUCACCACACAGGCACUACCACUGCCGGUACAGCCAGAACAAGCACAAGACACACAACUGGCCACCACACCACGGGCACCACUACUGGAAGAACCGCUGGAGUGCAGAAGCGCAAGCCCACCAUGGGUGAUAAAAUCAGUGGUGCCAUGAUGAAGCUCCGGGGCUCCGCAACAGGCAAGCCCGGUGUCAAGGCAGCAGGGACGCGAAGAUCGCAUGGUACGGACGGCAAGGGCGCGCAUUACACACGCACCUAUUAG